AUGAUCCGUCAACCCAGUAGUGUGAUCAUCGCGGGCCCCUCGGGCAGUGGCAAGACGGACUUGGUGGAACAAUGGUUACGGUACCUCAACGUCUUUCAAGUCAAACCCCGCAAGAUGGUGUAUGCCUAUGAUCGUUGGCAACCCCGAUUCGAGCGUAUGCAAAAAAAGGAUGGGAUUCAAUUUCAUCGCGGGUUACCGGACCCCCGUCAUUUGACGCAAUGGUUUGGUCGGACGCGCGGAGGGGUACUGGUCUUGGACGACCUGAUGGAAGAAGGGGGACAAGACAAGCGCGUGUUGGAUUUGUUCACCAAAGAUUCGCAUCAUCGCAACAUCACGGUGCUGUAUUUGACACAAGAUUUAUUCCCGCCUGGCAAAUUUUCCAAGACCAUUAAUCGCAACGCGCAUUACAUUGUGGCGUUCAAAAACCCCCGGGAUCAAACAGGCAUCCGAACCAUUUUAUUGCAAGCGUUUCCGGAACGGUGGCGUCAAGUCUUGCGCCUAUUUAAACGCAUCACGGCCCGUCCCUUUGGCUAUUUGAUGUUGGAUGUGCAUCCUGCGUCGGAUGAUCGCUACCGCCUGUGGAGUCAUUUAACGCCUCGAGAAGGCAAAGCCCAAGUCCACACCUUGCGUGCGGAUGUCCCUGCCGUUCGAAAACGAACUGCAACGAGAACUCGCCAGGGUUCGUCGGCAAAGAGAAGGCGGACAACAUACUGAGUUAGCCGCCCGCAUGGACACGCCCACCCUCUCGCCCGCGGGCGUGGGCGCCCCCACGGCACCGCCCCCUCCACCCCAGGAUCUCAGUAGUAUGACGGACAUAGUGACCGAAUUGUCUCGACCCGUGGAUCGUGCUCAAUUGGAUCAAGACAUUGACGCCUUUAAUUUGACUUACCCGGUCAAUGUGGACGAUGCCUUGAAUGCGUUCACGUUACCGCCCGUGGCGGGUACCGGCACAGCACCGCCCGCCACCACGGCCACCCAAACCCGCCCUACCACGUCCACCCGAACACGCCCCACCACCACCACCACCACCACCAGUCGGCCACGACCCGUCACCUCCACCCGAACACGCCCCGCCACCACCGCCACGACCACCACGGCUCCCUCACGCCCCUCCACCUCUCGCCGCAGCGCUGGGGCAGGCACCAGAACCACCACCUCCACGGUGACGACCCCCACUGGACGCCCCACCAUCGCCGCCAAACAACCGCGACGACGUCCCCCCGCCCCACCGUCUCCCGAUUCGUCCCCUCCGUCCGAUGACGAGGAUGAAGAUGAUGAUGACGACGAUCGAGGGCGAGGCUUAAGGCGACGGUUGGAUUUGCUCAAUGAAGAUGCUCAAGAACGGGCUCGAGGCCGACGGAUUCGCAACAUCACGCAUACCAAUACAGUGACCACCGUCUACGAAGAGGGUGGACGUCCUUCGGUGCGCCGCACGUCCACCCGCACGUCCGGCCCACGACCACCACGACCCCCACGUCGAGGACGAGGCCGUGGCCGAGGACGCGGCCGUGGACGAGGUGCCAGGUCUGUGUGAACAGUCAAAAAAGGAUAUAAAAACAGGGGUCUCUUUUCCAUCGUCCCAAAAAAAAUGUGUGGUCGUUGUGGACACGCAAUGGCCCCUAGACGCCAUCGCAAACGCUCCACGACUCGACGAUCAUUACGUCGACGGAGGAUCAAGGGUGGAAAGGCACCGUUCGUCGUGGAUUUCCAAAAAGGCUUCAAGCUGUUGACGGACUCGAGUAUGUGGAAGAUUCCUUCCAAAGCCGACAUCAAGGCGGAUAAACAACGAGUGGCCAAUUAUAAACGCCAGUAUCGCGCAAGUGGUACUAAGGACUCGUACAACAAGUGGUUGGUCAAGAAGGGGUAUGCCAAAAAAGUGGGUGGGUGCAGCUUAAUGUGAAAAGUGUAUAAAAAGAGACUGUUCAGCUCUCAAAAACAGAGUCGUUAUGAGACGCAAACGUAAACACUCCACGACUCGACGACCCGCCAAACGACGACGACGGCCUGUGAGUCAAUUAGGGGGUUUCGGGCCUGCUGUGCCUAUAAGCAUUAUGAAAGCUGGUUAUGGGAUCACCAAAGCCAUCGGGGAUCAUCAAACCAAGCGUGCCAUCGCCAUUGGUGAAAAACGUCGACGGGAAGUGGCCUCAGGCAAACGAAAAAAAUAUGCGGGGGAAUCCUUUAAUUGUUCCCUUAUGUGAAAAAAAGUAUAAAAGAAACGUCUGGUUGGACAUAAGAUUUUUAAUUGAGGAUGGUUCGUGGCCCCAACGGUCGCCGACAUCGUUAUGUCCCUCGAAUACGAUGCCGGCGACGUGGACUCCAACGCGGCGCUAGUUUACCGCUUUUGGCAAUGGCUCUCUCGCCUUUGUGGCUCCGGAAAUACAAACCCAGAGUCCGUCUUCGACGCCCGGACUAACCGACGACCACGACCCAAACGAAAAGCCGUCACGUUUGCGUUGGAUUGGGAUGACCAGUAUGAAGCGGCCUUGUGUGCACGGUGUCGACAUCACAUGCAAAGGCAUUAUCAUGGCGAAUUGUGCGGUCGGUGUGGCGCCAUUUUUACCAUAAAUAGACCUUGGUCGUUGCCUGAACUCAAGAUUCAUCAUGGGGUGGCGCAUGGAACGUCAAGCCCCGUUCUUAAAAAGUGUCUUACAAGAAGCCAAUCAACACAAACGACAAGAAUUGUUGCGGAUGGCCAAUGCGGAUCAGAUCAAUGCUGUCAGUGAAUUGGUGAUGAACACCCUCCGUGGCACAGUACCCCGUUCCCGACACACCAUCACGUUGCUCAAACCUCACGCCCAGAGUUUACGCGCCAUGGCCAAACCCGCUCAUUCCGUUAAACGACGACGCGCCAUCAUGAUGGCUCAAAAAGGGGGUGCCCUCUGGCCCGAACUCUACCGAUGUUAUAAACGUUGCAUGCGCUAGACCAGAUCCCUCAGUUGCACCAUGGAACCCGAGAUGGUCAGCACCACGGUAAACAACGCCCCAGCUUUUUUACAAUUACGCGACCAGUACAAACAAGAAUUGGUGGAAGAUACCCGCUUGACCAAAGCCGCGGAUUUAGCGGCCAAGCAACAUGUCCUCCUGACCAGUGAUGUCCCCGAUGCAUGGAAACGGCCUCAACUCAAAGCUGUAAGCCGUCAAUUACGCCAUUGGACCAAAAAAGUGCGUCAACCCUUUGGAGCCGCGGCAGGGGGUGUGACUGCCGCCGGGGCCACGACGCCGGGCGAUGAUGAUUUUGAAGCAGGUCCCAUGCAAGCCUGGUUCACGCAAUUGGUCAAGGCCACCCAGGGUAUAAAACAAGGCACCCCCACGGGUGGACCCAGAAAACCACCUGUCCCGCCCAAACCAAGGUUCACACCCAGUGCUAAAAAGAAACUCCAGUUUACGACCCCAUUGAGCAGUGCGGAGUUGGCGGACGAGUUGCCCUUUUCCGAGGCGCCUGGAACAGCCCCGUGGGAAACCCCUAAAGAACGUGUAGACUCUAUCAAGCAAUCACUCAAGCGCGGGAUUCGCAAAAGAGCCGCGGACAGUGCCAAAAAGAAAGCUGCGGGUGUCGCCAAAAAGAAAGCGGCUGGUUGGGCCAAAAAAGCCUUGGAUUGGAAAUCGUGGAAAACCCCCUAA